ACAACCAAAAUGGCGGAAGGUAGUGUCGGAUCGGCCGGAGCUGGACAGUAAAUUGUAUUUCAAGCACUUGUCGCUUGUUUAAAUAUUUACAUUUGUUAUGAAAGUGGGGUUUUAAGCCACACCAGUUCAAGUUGUGAGAAGACUCGUCACAUUUGCAAAAGGUACAGCCGGCGGGGAUGGGAGAUGAUGGAGGACAAAGGCCCUCGCGUAGCAGACUACUUUGUGGUAGCCGGCCUGACAGACGCCUCCACGCCGCUGGACCAGGAAAUCCACUUCGAUGAUGUCUGCCACAAGAUGGCCAAGCCCAAGGCGCCCAUCACCGACGUGGCCGUGGUGAUGCGGUCGCUGGGGGAGGAGGUGCCGUCCGGCUACACCUGUGUGGAAACCACCCCCUCGGGCCUGUCAGCCGACCUGAACAACGGCGGCCUCAUGGCGCCGCAGAUCUUCCUCUGCUACCGGCGAGGGCGUGACAAGCCUCCGCUCACCGACCUGGGUGUUCUGUACGAGUGGAAGGAGCGCCUGAAACAGGGCUGCCACAUCAUCCAGACCACUCCCUCUGGCCGUCCAGCAAACAUCAGCAGCACCUCGUCCCAACGCAUCUACAUCACUUACCGCCGGGCACCUGAGAGCCAGCCACACGCCGCCCUGGCCGUCACAGACAUCUGCAUAAUCAUCCCGGGCAAGGGCGAGACUCCCCCGCACACCUUCUGCAAGGUGGAGAAGAACCUCAACAGCAGCUUGUGGGGCUCCUCUGUAUAUCUGUGCUAUAAGAAGUCGGUGGCCAAAACCAACAUGAUAGCCUACAAAGCAGGUUUGUUCAGCAGAUACCCAGAAGAGGACUAUGAGUCGUUCCCUCUGCCAGAGUCGGUCCCUCUCUUCUGCCUGCCCAUGGGGGCCACUAUCGAGUGCUGGCCCGCAUCAACCAAAUACUCCCUCCCUGUAUUCUCCACCUUCGUCCUGACCGGAUCCUCUGGAGAGAAGGUGUAUGGAGCAGCCAUCCAGUUCUAUGAGCCCUACCCACAGGAGUGUCUGACAGACCAGCAGCGCUCCCAGCUGGGCAUGCUAGGCCCUGACCCCCUCAAGAGCCCCCCCAGCACUGCAGCCACCCCCACAUCUCCCACCGGCCCCACGGCCAGCGUGCCGCCCCCCCGCUCCAUCUACACCAACAAGUGCAUCUGCCUGCUCUCCCACUGGCCCUUCUUCGACGCCUUCCGCAAGUUCCUCACCUUCCUCUACCGUUACUCCAUCUCCGGCCCGCACGUCCUGCCCAUCGAGAAGCACAUCUCCCAGUUCAUGCACAAGGUCCCCUUCCCCUCCUCACAGAGGCCCAGGAUCCUGGUGCAGCUCUCGCCUCACGACAGUCUGAUGUUGAGCCAGCCUGUGUCCUCGCCUCUACCUCUCAGUGGGGGGCGGUUCUCUACGCUGCUUCAGAACCUGGGUCCAGAGAACGCCGUCACGCUCUUGGUGUUUGCUGUGACAGAACACAAGAUCCUGGUGCACUCCCUGCGGCCCGCGGUGCUGACCAGCGUCACCGAGGCUCUGGUGUCUAUGAUCUUUCCGUUCCACUGGCCGUGCCCGUACAUCCCCCUCUGCCCGCUGGCGCUGGCCGAUGUGCUGAGCGCCCCCUGCCCCUUCAUCGUAGGCGUGGACUCACGCUACUUUGACCUCUACGACCCCCCGCCGGACGUCAGCUGUGUGGACCUAGACACAAACACCAUCUCCCACAAUGAAGAUAAGCGAGCCCUGACUUGGAAGAUCCUGCCAAAGAAAGCCUGUAAAAACCUGAUGAAUGUGCUGAACCAUCUCUACCAACAACUUGUGGACGGUCAACAGAGGCCAGACGGUCUCCUGGAACUCAGCAUGAGCGACUCGUCCGAGCUGAGCUGCGGCAAGAGCCUGCACACGCUGGAGAUGGAGAUCCAGGAGGCUUUCCUGCGCUUCAUGGCGGCCAUCUUGAAGGGCUACCGCUCUUACUUGCGACCCAUCACCCAAGCUCCCUCGGAGAAGGCCACCGACGCCAGCUCUCUCUUCGACCUGCAAGGCUUCUUAAAGAGUCGUGACCGCUCACACCAGAAGUUCUACUCCCUCAUGACCAAGACGCAGAUGUUCAUCCGCUUCAUCGAGGAGUGCUCCUUCGUUAGUGACAAAGACGCCAGCUUGGCCUUCUUCGACGACUGUGUGGACAAACUGUACAGCUCAGAGCGCAGUGCAGAAAAAGGAGGCAAGGUGGACAGUGAUAAGCCGGAGGAAACCAGGCUGAUAGAAAUUGACGAAUCCCAACGCAGCGAGCACACAGUGUUCAUCACGCCCCCAGAGCUGCCCCCUCUACCCGAGGGGGAGGAGUACCCACUGUGCUACAGCUACGACGGCUUCCCGGUGUUGAGUCUCGACCUGUUCGACCCCAUGGAGGGCCUCCGAACCCCGGCCUCUCGCCUCGCCGCUCGGCCCAGCUGCCCCGCCAGCCCCGCGCCCAUGUUCAGACGCACCAAGCAGGAGAUCAAGUCGGCCCAGAAGAUCGCCAAGAAGUACUCGUCCAUCCCCCAGAUGUGGUCCAAGUGUCUGCUGCGCCACUGCUACGGCCUGUGGUUCAUCUGCCUGCCCGCCUACGUCAAGGUGUGCCACUCCAAGGUGCGGGCGCUGCGCACCGCCUACGACGUCCUGCGGAAGAUGCAGACCAAGAAGCUGCAGCCUCCGGACGAGGUGUGCUACAGGGUGCUGAUGCAGCUGUGUGGUCAGUACGGGCAGCCUGUCCUGGCCGUCAGGGUCCUCUUUGAGAUGAAGAAGGCCGGGGUCCACCCCAACGCCAUCACCUACGGCUACUACAACAAGGCGGUGCUGGAGAGCACCUGGCCCUCCAGCACCAGAGGCGGCUACUUCCUGUGGAUGAAACUGAGGAAUGUGGUCCUCGGCGUGGCCCAGUUCAGACGGGCGCUACAGAAACAGCAGGCCCAUCCCACCCAGAGCCCGUUGUCAGAUGGCAGCGACCUGGACGCUGUGAGUCACGGCAGCCUGGAUAGCUCUAACACGGCCGAGCAGGGCCCCUUCGCCACUGACUCCAUCAAAGUAGACCCCACUGACGAUAGAUCUAGCACAGUCGGCCCCGGGGGUGGCGGUAUGGGCUCGGAGGGCCGGGGGGGCCUCUCACACAGGGGGGGCUCUGAACCCAAAAAGCCUCCCCCCCACCUCACAGGUGAUCAGUCAGACCUGGGCUACAACUCUCUGUCCAAAGAGGAGGUUCGUAGAGGAGACCCCACAACCCAAGACGCCAUCCCCGACAAGGACGACAAAAAAGAGAGUGACUGCAGCUCCUUGUCAGAAACAGAGAGUGCUAAGGGCAGUGGGGACUGCCUGCCCCAGCUAGAUUUCCCAGAAGUCAACGCUCCGUUCAAGCCCCGCCCUGGUAUUGUCCGUGGCAACUGUCCCUAUGACAACACAGUGUGUGAGAUCAAGGGCACAACCAGCUCGGGCCAUGUGGCCGGUCUUCUCUUCACCUCCUCUCUUGAGGAGAUAGGGGUGAUCCAGAGCAACAGCCUGCGCCGGAGACACAAGAGCGCCCUGGAGGAGUCGUCCUCGGCCAGCGGGGGCCCUGCCCUGGACUGGCAGGCGGUCCGCGCGCGCAGGCUGAGCGGGGACACGGUGGGCGGCGGCACAGUCCUGGGCCUGGGCAUGAGCCAGGCCGAGACCGACCCCGCCAGGAUAGCAGAGAACCUGGGCGCCGAUGCCAAGAUCCUCUCGGGAACCAGCUUCACCACGAGGCCCCGCUCGCUGGCGCUGGGCGGGCAGAAGGGAGAGGAGGGUCGACCAGGCGCCUCCAGGGUCCAACAGCACCUCGAGGAUGCAGAGGACAGGGAGUCGAGCGAUGACGAUAAGGGCAACACGGAUGCCAUUUUCGAUUUGGAGGACCUCGAUUUGGACGGGCCUACAAUGGAGGUCGGUCCCGUCAAGAGCGCCAAGAAAGCAGUGGGUCGCAGCGCCAGCUACGCCGGCGAAGGCACCCCCCCGGCCUCCAGGGGCACCGUCAAACGCACCGGCAUUCAGACCGGCUUCGACCCGCUCUCCCUCCUGGCGGCCCAGUCGGAGUCGCAGCAGGACCAGGAGGAGGACCAGGACGGUGACGAGGACGAGGUCAGCACCCCGACCGUCCGCCGCCACCUGGCCAGGGAGAUCGAGCUCUACAUGAGCCACAUGGGCAGCCCCCUGAGCAGCCGCACCCCCAGCAUGGACCUCCAGGACCCCUCCAGCCCCCUCCUCCUCCACCCCGCGUCCACCCUCUCCGCCCCGCGCCGCGCCAGCCUGCCCCACAGCUCCCCCAUGAGGACCGGGGGCGUGCCACGCUCCAGCACCUACCACUCGCCCUCGCCGUCCCACCUCGGAGCCUCCCGCCAGCGCCUCUGGUCCUCCCCGUCAUGCCCUCGGUCAGGCACCGCCACCCCCAGCCCCCGGCCCAGCCCCUACAGGGAGAGGGUGGUGGGCGACAGCCAGGGGAUGACAGCCUCGCCCUCAUCCUCAUCCUUCGCCCUGGACUCCCUCCUCACCCCCACCUUGGACGUGUUCAAGAGCAGCAUGUUCUCUGCUGGAAAAGGCGUUGCGGAGAAGGCCAGUCGCUGGUAUUCUCGUCUGGCCACCUACACCACCCCCACUAAGGAUGGUAACAGUGACCGUUUGAGCGUGUCCUCCCUGGGGAUGGGAGACCCAGACUGCUGCUCCCUGCUGGAUGAGGAGGGUUACGGAGAACCAGAUGGGCCCAUCUCCCCCCAGAGGAACGGCCCCGCGGGGCCCUGCAGGAGCCCCAGACGCAGCCCCCUCCGCUCCAGGCUGGAGAGCCCCACCCUGGGCUCCAGCUCUGGCCGGACCCCAGGCGGUGUGCUCUCUCCUCCUGGCUUCCCUCUCCCAGAGGGGGCCCAGUCAGACCUGGGCUCCUCCCUCUACACCAGCAACACCAGCAUCUUCCACAACUACGCCAUGGAGCUGCUGAUCUCCAGCUGCUCGCGCUGCAAGACGUGCGACUGCCUGGUGUACGACGAGGAGAUCAUGGCCGGCUGGACGGCCGACGACUCCAACCUGAACACCACCUGCCCCUUUUGCGGCAACCCCUUCCUCCCCUUCCUCAACGUGGAGAUCAGGGACCUGCGCGGCCCUGGGAGGUUCUUCCUGAAGAGCAGCCCGUCUGCAGACGAGGCGGCCUCCUCCUCCUACUCUGUGUCCACGGGCCUCGACACGGGAACGUCCACGCUCUCCACCCCCUGUCCCACCACCGCCCUCUCCCCCCCCUCUCCCAGGAUCACCAUCCAGGAGUGUGCGGGGAAUAGCAGCAGAGUUUUGUCCUCAUCCAGAGCCCAGUGCAUAGAGAUCCCCAGCGAGCGUCGCCAGGGGACCCUGUCUCCGGGGGCCCCCAUGGCUCGCAGCGUCAGCGCCUUCGGCCCCAUGGACGAGCCCCCCAGACUCAACCACUGGCUCCCCACCAGCGGCAGCCUGCCCAGCCGCCUCAACGAAGCCACCGACCCGCUGAGCAUGGAGUGGCGUCUUCACAACCCUGAGCCCGUGACGGUGCCCUACCUGAGCCCCCUGGUGCUGUGGAAAGAGCUGGAGAGUCUUCUGGAGAACGAGGGCGACGCCGUCAUCACAGCAUCCAACAUGGUGGACCACCAUCCCAUCAUCUACUGGAACCUGGUGUGGUACUUCAGACGGCUGGACCUGCCCAGCAACCUGCCAGGCCUCAUCCUCACCUCUGAGCACUGCAACAGGGGCUCUCAGGUCCCCCGGAGCUGGAUGUCCGAGGACAGUAAGCACGUGCUGAUCCAGAUCCUGUGGGACAACCUGAAGCUUCACCAGGACCCCGUCCAGCCCUUCUACAUCCUCUGGAACACGCACAACGUGGGCUACCCGCUGGCGCGGCCGGUGAGGGAGGAGGAGAGGCCGUUUGGGGAGGAGCUCCUGCAGAGCGUGGUGAAGAGCAUCCAGAGGAACGACGUGACGCGGCCCAUGGGCCAGCUGCUCCAGCUGCUGGGCCACACGCUGGGCGUCAGGAGGCACAGGAGUUUGUACAGAGAUAUUCUCUUCCUGUCCUUGGUAGCUUUGGGAAAGGAUAAUAUAGAUAUUGACGCGUUUGACCGUGAGUACAAGAUGGCAUACGACCGCCUCACUCCAAACCUGGUCAAACUCACUCAUAACUGCGACCGUCCCCCCAGCACCGGAGUCAUGGAGUGCCGCAAGACAUUUGGCGAACCCUACCUUUGACCUCUUCCCCCCCCCCAAUCACCUCACCUUCGAUGUGUGACCCCGGACCUACGGCACACGCCCUCGUGCGCCUGGCUCAGCUCACAACCAAGACUACAGGUAACGGAAGACAGAAGACGAGAGGAUCACUUUAAGACAAGCUCAGGAAGAAAAAAGAAUCUGUGAAUGUGAGUGACCGUAAGGAGAUCGUGUUUUGGUCACCCACGUAAUGAGCAGACAAGCAGCAGUGGGGAUGAGGAGAUCCCUGACAAACCAAUGUUAGUGUUAUGGAGCUUCUGUUGCUAGAGCAUCCUGUUUAUCAACUUGUACAACUAGGCAGAGACUUUAUACUCACAACUUGCAUAAGUUAGACACAGUUUAAACAUCUGAAUUUCUGAAAUAGAGAAGUGAACGGAUGCACUAAAGUCAUUUUAAAUCGGUCAAAAGUCAAUUUUAUAAUGUGGAAUUUGUGCUCCUCUUUUACGAAAACGUAUGUUACCGUGAAACAUUUGAAGGUUUAGCUUUAAACUUUUUAUUGUUGCUAUUUUUUUUUUUACUUCCUCAAUAGGACAUUAUGCUGUAGAAAAUGGAACGUCAGACAGCAGUAUUAGUAUUAAUAUAGUCAGACACAUUAACUGCAUUUGGUCUGUGGUCCAAUGAAGAGAAUAUUGUUUCUACCCAAAUGUAAUACACAUGCAAUACUACUAUUUCUGUCUUAAAUAUCUGUGGUUCUCCCCUUCAUAUUACAUGAGGUUUUUUGUAGACAUCUAUACAAAUCAGUGAGGAUACAUUUUCUGUACAGUAGUUUCUAGUAUUUUUGCUCAGCAAACCAACAUUCUAUUGUCCAAAGAUGGUACAACAGAUUGUAUGGAUGAUAGAUGGUAUGUGGUUACGGUCUGUUAUAGAUGUGAUGAAUCACACCACAGUUGAUACAGUAACUGAUUACCCCUCUCUCACACAUCAGAAACUGUACAGUGUUGGUCCAAGUAACCAUACUGAUCUAAGGAACAGUUCAGUUGUCGUCCAGAUGGAUAAACUCAAAGCUCAUCCUUUGCUUGAUACAUCCUUAAAAUCUUUACAUGUUCAUUUUGCAGACAAAUAUCUAAUUAAGUAUUCUGUAUUAACAUUAGACUGCAGUAUAGUUUAAACUACAUGUGGUAGGAUCAGCAAAACCAGUUAAUGGUUGUGCAAAAGCACAGCAGAAUGUUAUGUGAUACACGCAGUACUUCAGUGAAGACAAAAGAUGAAUGCACCAGGAUAUCAGUAGCUGUGUUGAUACAGUUCAAAUGAAUAGGACAAAUCUCAGCCUUUAGGCACAGUUUUGCCUUGAAAUAUGAUAAAGAAUGUUUGUUUGAAUAGUCUCUCACCACCUGAAGUAGACGCCUCUUUAUUUUCAAGCUCGGCUUUUGUCAACUGUACAGGCACGCAUUUCAAAUUGUGCCCCAAACUCCUCAUUUUAAGUGUAGCAGAGCAUUAUCAUCAAGCAGUGGAACCCCUUCCAAGCCAGGAUUAAAUGUAUUUUUACAUUACAUUUUACAUUUUGAUACCCUGUUGUAUCAGAAUGUGUUUGUAACUGAGUGGCUUUGUUCAUCUCAUGGGUUUACAUUAAAGAGGUGUCUCACUUGAAGUGAGGUACAGUUAUGUUUCUUGACUUGUAGUCAAAACUCAACAGACUAAUGUGAUGGCUGGAGGAGGACCUCUUAUCAAGUAGCGUCCAAUGAGCACUGGCCACUUCAGUGAUUGACAGCUGAGGUCACCAGGCCUAGAAUAGUGCUAUGCAAUCGAUCAGGAAGUGUCACUUUUUUUGUUUUGAAAGCUUGAGAUUCUUUACAGUAAAAACAAAACCCUAUGAGUUCAGAAGAUGAAGUAACAAGUAAAAGGGCACCAGCAGCUUGCGAAAGCUGUGCUGUCAGUUUGUGUGUUAUAUAUUUGUUGUUUAAAAGAAAAUGUAAAUGUUGCAUUGUAUUUAGGUCCAUGUAUAUUUUAUCUGACCUUUGUAGAAAAAAACAUUUUGUAAAUCUUCAUAGUGUUUACACAUCUGUACUUGUACAGGUCUUUGGAUCUGGUGAAGAUAAUGUACCUUUGACUGGAUCUUCAGGGUGAUCUUUGACUGUAAAUAAAAACACUUAUACUGUG